AUGGCUGAUGACGAAGCCGAGGCCGCUUUCUUCCAGGCCCAGGCAAUUGAGGCCGAGACUGCGAAUGCGAGUGAGCCUGCGUUUGAGGAACCUGGACCUGAAACGGAUGAUGAUGAAUAUGACCCCUCCAAGGCCCUAGGUGACGACUAUGAAGACCAUGAGCCCCUUGAAACGGAACUCAGCGAUGAAAAAGGACCUGCAGAUGACUCUACAGAACCCAAUAUCCCGGAGCCGAAUUCUGGCCUAGCUGCUGAUGAGCAAGAUCCCUCUCAUGCCGAGUCGCAUUCAUCUACCCCGGCCCCCGAAGCUGCUGCGGUCCCCCAGACAAAGACUAUCGGUGGGUUCGUGGACGAGGAUGAUGAGGAAGACCCGGAGGAGGCGGACUAUGAGCCCCCAGCUGCACUGGAAGUUGAAGACCCAAAUGCGAUUACCAUGACCAUGUCUGAAAACCCCAAUUUGGAAAAUGAAAAUCAAAAAACCUCUCCUGAUGCAUACCACCAGGCGGUUGAAGGUGCUUCCAGCUCAGAUGUUGCCAAUAGUUCUUAUCCUAAUAUCUAUCCUUCUGCUCCUGCUCCUGAUCCUGCUUUGUGGGGUUCCCAUGAUCCCAGUGUCCAGAACAGUAUUGUGCCCACUCCUGUACCCGAAUCACCCUCCACGUCAAAGGGCAGAUUGCCUCAUGACCGCGUCGGUAUUCUGCAAGAUCGAAUUGAUGAAGACCCCCGCGGAGAUAUCCCCGCGUGGCUGGAGUUGAUCAGUGAACACAGAGGUCGUCACAGGCUGGACGCUGCGCGCGAAGUGUUUGAGAACUUUCUUAAAAUAUUCCCAAUGGCGGCCGAACAAUGGGUUGCCUAUGCAACCAUGGAAUCGGAACUUAAUGAAUUUUAUCGUCUGGAACAGAUAUUCAGUCGAUCCCUUAUUACCGUUCCCAGCGUCAGCCUCUGGUCUGUCUAUCUUGACUAUGUUCGUCGCCGAAACCCCCUGACUACAGACAAUAGUGGGCAGGCUCGACAGACCAUCUCAUCCGCUUAUGAAAUGGCGCUCAAGUAUGUUGGGAUGGACAAGGACAGCGGGAAUAUGUGGAAUGACUACCUCGAGUUCAUUCGCUCGGGGCCCGGAACUGUUGGAGGAUCAGGCUGGCAGGACCAGCAAAAGAUGGACCUGAUGCGCAAAGCAUACCAGAAAGCCAUAUGUGUCCCAACUCAAGCUGUCAAUACCCUCUGGAAGGAGUACGACCAGUUUGAAAUGGGCCUCAACAAGUUAACAGGCCGAAAGUUCUUGCAGGAACAGUCUCCAUCAUACAUGACUGCACGCAGCUCAUACACAGAGCUUCAAAACAUCACCCGUGAUUUGAUCCGGACAUCUCUGCCAAGAUUGCCACCAGUCGCCGGAUCUGACGGUGACAUUGAGUUUGCUCAGCAAGUCGACAUCUGGAAGCGAUGGAUUGCCUGGGAAAAGAAUGACCCCUUGGUUCUGAAGGACGACGACCCGGCUUCUUUUAAAGCUCGCGUGGUCUAUGUCUACAAGCAGGCUCUUAUGGCCCUGCGAUUUCUACCUGAAAUCUGGUUCGAAGCUUCCGAAUUCUGCUUUUUGAACGGCAUGGAAACGGAAGGCAACGAGCUCCUCAAGCAAGGAACUGAAGCCAACCCAGAAAGCUGUCUGCUCUCUUUCAAGCGAGCUGACAGGCUUGAAAUGACAUCCGAGUCGGAGCAAGAUUCAUCAGCUCGAGCAGCAAAAGUACGAGAGCCAUACGACGCGCUGUUGACAACUCUCUACGAUUUGAUUGCCAAGGCAAAAAAACAAGAAGACCAAGACGUAGUUCGCAUCGAAGAAACAUUUGCAAAACAGAAUCCCAACGGCCAGCAUGUUCAGAAUGAUGACGAGGAUGAUGCUCCCGUCGAGUCCAAGGAACAACAGUCUAUUAAACAGGCGCAGAUUGAUGCAGUGCGAAAGGCCCAUGGAUUCCAGAUCAAUCUCCUGUCGAAGACCAUCUCUUUUGCAUGGAUUGCACUCAUGCGCUCUAUGCGGCGUAUCCAAGGCAAGGGAAAGCCUGGUGAAUCGGCUGGUUCGCGCCAGGUCUUUGCAGAGGCCAGGAAGAGAGGCCGUAUCACCAGCGAUGUGUACAUUGCCAGUGCGCUCAUGGAGCAUCACUGUUACAAGGACCCCGCGGCCACCAAGAUCUUUGAGCGUGGUGCAAGACUCUUUCCAGAGGACGAGAAUUUUGCUCUCGAAUACCUCAAGCAUCUGAUUGACAUCAACGACAUUAUUAAUGCGCGAGUGGUGUUUGAGACAACGGUGCGAAAGUUAGCCUCCAACCCUGAAAAUGUGCACAAGGCCAAACCCAUUUUUGCCUUCCUUCACGAAUAUGAAUCCCGCUAUGGCGAUCUGGUCCAAGUGACCAAUCUUGAGAACCGUAUGCGAGAGCUCUAUCCUGAUGACCCUACGCUGGAUCAAUUUGCGCAUCGAUACUCUACUCCUACAUUCGACCCUGUGUCUGUUCGGCUCAUAUUGUCCCCCUCCCAAACUAGACCCAAGAGUUUCCAGCCUGUCCCCAUGCCGGGCCAACUCAAUUCUCCAAGGGAGGCCGACCUUAGCUCACCGAAGCGAUCUUACCCUGACGACCUUGAUUAUGAUUCGGAUCGCCCACGCAAAUUCGCCCGGGCUGAGUCUCCUUUGAAGUCUGCCCAAGGUCGGCGUCUCGACCAACAGAAGCGAGGCCCAUCCAAUGGCCAGCCCACUUACUCAUACAUGCCCCAAGGAUCCGCAACUCCCCUUCCCCGAGACGUUGUUCACCUUCUCAGUAUCAUUCCCGCCGCAUCAUAUUACAACAUUGCUCGUCUCUCCCCCGAGAAGAUGGUCGACCUCCUUCGUCGUGUUGAAGUUCCUGCCAGUACAGCUCAAAUUCCACUACCAGCGAACGCAAGAGGACUGGGAGCAGGCUCCGGUGGAGGGAACCCGUAUACUGGUGAGUUAAUUGCAGGUAUUCAGACGAAUCUUCCCAUGGGUCUUGCUAAGUAUUGUGAAUUAGGCUCUUACCGUUGA